GUUGUUUAUACAAGUCCGUUUCAGUAACGUCAGAAGCGGUACAAAGUUCACAGGCAAUAAAGGUGGUUCAUUGCUUAUAUAGUUGUUGCUUGUCUUAUUGUUCCAUCUUGUGGACUUUGUACCAUGAGAAAGUGCCCUUCCCUCUUCUAUGCAGUCUGGUGAGUUGUUUGCCGCAAAAGUAGCCAGAAGGAUAAAUUGACACACAGUGAUAGUUUGGCCAGAAGAGGCCAGCCUGAAUUAGCAGGAAUGGAUGUGAGCUUCCUAGACAUCCCAUCUGAGCUCUCAAUUGUCAUACGUAAUGCGGAGGGCCAGCAUCAUGAAUUCAAAUCCAGGGUUAUUGAAGUAGCUCCUCCAAACGUUAAAGACAGGUCCUGUGUGUCUCUGCCUUCUGAUAUCAACAACCAUUCUUUUUCCAAAUAUGUUAAUACACACCUCCAGGAGAGCUGGAAACAGCCAACCGAUGCCGUAUUACAAAGACCAAUUACCAAUUUGGAUGCUGAAGAUUCACAAGCAGCACUGGAUAUCUGCAAAUUGAUUCUGAGAUUUAUAUGUGACUAUGAAAUUCAAGACUGGAAGGAACUAAUAUUACUGAAGUACAUCAUUCAGAGAGGACUGUACAGGCCACCCCUUCGAAAUGAGAUCUUCUGUCAGCUUGCCCACCAAACCUUGGACAGACAGAGUGAUGAAAGAUGCCUAAGAGCAUGGCUACUGUUUGCAUCCUGCUUGGGAUCUUUUAUGCCUUCGCCCAAUCUUGAAAAACCAUUGCUCAAGUAUGUAUCUGACAAAGGCUUUGGUGAUUACAAAGCAAUAUGCCAACACAAGAUAUUAAAUGGCCUGCAACAAGGACCUGAGGCAGCACGAGACUACCCAUCUACUCAGAUGGAAUGGAUGGCAAACCAGAGGAAAGGCAAGAUGGUCCUGAAUGUACAGACUUACGCAGAUGAGACCUUUUCUGUGGAAGUGGACUCCUGGACAACAGGGGAGUCAUUAGCAGCUUGCAUCAUUAAUUUCAGUGGACUUGCAGAAGCCCAGAGAGGCUGGACAGUGUCUAUGUUCACUGGGGAAGAGUGGACAGACCUGGUGGGCUGUGACUAUGUGCUGGAUCUCAUUGGGAAAAAUGAAGCUCUUAACCUUAUGUCAGGUUCAAAGAAGGAUUACCUUUUCGAUUCUGAUAAUGGCAUGUCAGUCAGUGAUUUCCAAGGUAGCCUAAUCCCACCUGCUCCAAAUAUCCAAGCUCCAAGCCUUCCUUUUCCCAAAAAUUAUUCACCUGAAGCCACUCCUUUAUAUUCUGUCCACAAAGAUUCACCAUCUAGACGAUGUCCUCCGGCUGAGUAUGACUCAUUUGUAGAUAACCUUUUUGAUCCUGUCUUGGACCGUGGAAGCUCUGAGAUGGAGAGGGUCAGUAUGCUGUCUCGAAGGAUGAAAGGAGGUGGUGGAGUGGGUCCCAUGCAGUCAGGCCCAUUUUCUGCCACAGGAGUUCCAAUGAUGCAGAGCUACCCAAUGGGCAUGCCAGGUAUGGCACAGAUGCCCUCCUACCCCACAAUGCCUUUAAUGGGAGGAAUGAUGCCAGUUAUGCCUAACAUGCCAGUAAUGUCACCAAUGGGCACCAUUCCAUCAAUGAUGAUGCCUGCAGCCAAUCCUGUCGUCCCAGCCCUCAGUCCCCAGGAGGUGGCAGCACAACAACAAGCUUUUAUAAACCAGCAAGCUGCUAUUCUGGCUCAGCAAAUGACACUCCAGGCCUUGACACUAUCUCAACAGCAGCAGCAAAAUCAGAUUGAAAACAAAGCUCCCCCUGUGGCUCCCAAACCAAACAUUUCUCCAAAAACACCACCUAGCCAUCAAGAGCCAUCUUCCGGUCCUGCUUCAAUGCAGAACUCUGUGCCCAAAACAAUCCCACCCAGAACCCCAUCAAUUCAGGACAAUUGUGAGGAAAAAGUUCAAGAUUGCAAGCCGAUGGAAUCAUUUCAAGAGAAGAUGGAGUUUUUUCAAAAAAUUGGUUCUCAGGAAGUUCAUGUGAAGAAGCUAAACCCGCCAUCUAAAAUUCAGCUUCCUAAAGGAGAUAAUCCUGUCACAGAUGUGGGAUCCCAUCUGAAUUACACAGAAGAGACACAAGCAAAUGAUGAGGCAGCAGGAAAUGCUACCAGACAGAAAACUGAGGAGGAAAAAGAAGAGAUUGUAAAUAAGAAAGGGGACCAAAGCCCUGAUGCUCACACACCUUUCAGGUCCACUUCUCCAGUUGAUAAUAAUAAAGGUGAACCAACUCGUGAAAUCCGGGACAUCAUCAAACAGUACCAAAGUCGACCGGCCCCUGACCUACAACCUUAUAAACCUGUACGGAUUCCUGCCAAAGUGUUUAUAAAGAAAAAUGACCCAAAAGAGGAAGCCCUGGCAAUUUUAAGCAUACAAGGCCCAGCUAUGCCCCCAGAGAAGGUAAUGUCAAUGCCUCCUACUAUGCCUAAAGUAGAGGAAAAGAAGCACAAGCCAGUCCGUCUACCAAAUCCGGUUGUCCCACCACCUCCACCCCCACCCCUGAAGUCUGCUGGUAGGGGCCCCAGAUCCAUUUCUAGCAGCAUGCAACAGAAACAACGCUCUCUAGCUGAUCUUUUCAAUCAGACUCCUGUGGCACAUCCAUCUUCUAUACGGAAACAACCCUCUGUAGCAAAUCCUCCUGCUCCUCUACCACCUGCUCCUCCAAAAUCAUCUCCUCAACCUUUGUUUCCUCCUCCACCAUCCAAAACAGCUGCUGUUGAAAACUGUGCUCCAGUUGAUGACUGCAAUAUAAAAACACAGCUACACAAGUUGUCAUCCAGUGUCUACUUCUCCUACAAUAAUAAGCCCUCCAGGUUAUUUCUUCGCAAAGAGGUAUUUUACCCCAGGGAGAAGUUUAAUUACCCCUAUAUCCUGUCCCUUCUGUGUGAGCAGGUCAUGAGAGACACCUAUUCUGAUGCCUGCUUUCGCAUUACUCGAGAAGAACGUCGCAAGAUGAGAGAUCUGCUGGCUCAGUUUCAUGUGGGGACCAGUAUGAAGACUGUCCCAGAUGAGAGUAUUAAGAGGAGGAUUGUCCUGGCAGCACGGGAUAACUGGGCCAACUACUUCACCCGCCUGUUCCCUGUAAUUGUAGCAAAUGGGACAGACCAACAAGUACUGGGAGUCUCCCAUCGAGGAAUUCGGCUACUGAGAGUGACAGAGGCGAGUGGCAUGAACACCAAACACUUAAAAAUUUUACGCAGUUAUAGUUUUGCUGAUAUCCUGUCAGUAGAACUGUGUGAUAAAUGCACUUUGGAAUUCACCUUUAAAAGUGACCAGCUUCAGGUAGACUCCACACAGGCUUGGAAAAUCAAAGAAAUGGUUGAACUCUUUUUGUCUGAACUUCGUAAGGAUUCUGAUCAUGUCAUAGCCUUGAAGAGCUUUGUCACUGAUGACAAGAGCUUACUGUCAUUCCGAAAGGGAGAUAUCAUCAGGAUGCUGCACAUUAAUGGCCUGCAGCCAGGUUGGCACUUUGGUUCUAUUGGUGGCCGCUCAGGGCUAUUUCCUUCAGGAUUAACCCAACCUACAGCACCACCUGAUUAUUAUGGUAUGCAUCUUGAUCGCCGUGAAGAACUCCGGAGAAGCAGAAGAUCAGAAUAUAUUAAAGAGCAAGAGAGAGAGCCUGAACAAACAAAGGAUGUAGGGGAGGAUACGGCAUUCAAAAACCCAGACGAAUCUGUAACUGAGACCAGUGUGUUUAGCAUGACUGAGUUUGCAAUGAAAUACUUCAGAGAAGUAGCAACCAAGUUAGGAUGGAAAGGUAUGAGUGCAGAGGGCCACAGCUCGGCUGAAAUGGUCCAGCAUAGUAAGGUUCCUAUUCAAGAGUCACUUAUUUUGUACUUGGAUGGAGAACUGAAUGAGCUUGCUGCUCAAAAUUUCAUGAAUGUGAUGCGUUUCAUGGGUGACCAACCAACAGUGAAGCAUCAGACAAUGAUGGACUGUGUGUAUAGCAUUCUUCAGCUUGGCAAAGAGAAAGAGAGCCUCAGGGAUGAAAUCUACUGCCAGCUGAUCAAGCAAGUGACAUCAAACCCGCAGCAACAGAGCUGCAGCCAAGGUUGGAGACUCCUGUAUUUCAUUACAGGAAUUUUUGCAUGUUCAGAAAAUUUGUGGCCAUAUGUUACCCAGUAUCUACGGGAUGUUUCACAUGAUCAGGGUUUGCAAGCAAUUGCCUCCAUGUGUGAAGACAACCUACAACAAUCACAGAUUUAUGGUGGACGGAGACAUCUGCCCACUCCGCUAGAAAUUGAAGCUUUUUUGAAUGGGGAAACUUCAAGAGGUAUCACUAUUUAUCUUCCUGGCAAAGUAGAGCAUACCCACAAGACUCGCAUGUUCAGCGUUGCAAAUGAGAUGUUGACAGAACUCUGUAGACAGAUGGGAGUGAUUCAGCCCUCUGAGAUUAAAGAAUUUUGCAUCUGUGCCAACUAUAAACAAGGACAGAUUGUGCGACCCAUUAGACCAGAUGAAUAUCUAAUGGAUUUCAUAGUAGAUGACAGUGCAGUCACAUUAUGGUUUCAGCGUGUCAUCUGGAAAGAACCUCUACACUUUGACAAUGAUCUUUACUUGGAAGUUCAUUAUAGACAGGUCCUGAGUGACUACCUGGAAGGAAAGCUACUUUUGAACACCAGUGACUCAUAUGAGCAAGAAGCUGCAAUACUGGCAGCCCUACAGCAUUGCGCCAAUGGCUCCAAUUCAGAACCCUCAACGCAGGAGAUAAAGAAGUACAUUCCUCCUUCCCUGAUUGGAAGCAUCAACAUACAACAUGUAUUGAGUUCUGUGCGCAAACAGCUCAGUUCCAUGCGCAGUCUCAGUUUCACGGAUGCCAAAAUACAUUUUCUGACCAAAGUCAGCUCAUUGCCACUCUUUGGGUGUAACGUGUUCCGGGUGCACAAAGUGAGCCCUCAGAAAAUUGACGUUCCCUGCCUCGUUGCUGUCAAUCAAGUCAAUCUCUUUGUAGUAGACGGACAGACACAGGAAGCACUGCUUAGAAUACCACUGCAGAAUGUGCUUUCAAUAAGGUCCGAGAAAGCAAAGAAGGGAGACAAGCUUCAUGAAGUGAAGGUCACAUAUGGGACGCCUAGUGCUCCUGAACUGAUCGUCUUCAGUGUCAAGCAGGCAAAAGAGCUGUGCCAUGUGAUUGCACUCAUUAUGGAGAACGCUGUCAGCACUUCCAGUAGUCUUUCCGGCUCUGAGAUGGGAAUGCCGCCAUCAAGAGAGAGCAGAGCACCCACUGUAAGCAGUGCGAGAAACGUGCCCAGGGGGCUCCCCUACAUGAAGCCCAUGCCAUCUCCUACUGCGCAUAACCUACCAGGUGCCCAGGAGUCAGCAGCCAUGUUCUCAAUGUAUUAAAGAAUCACUUGCUGAAAUCGAGCAGGAGUGUUUAAAAAGUAUUCAGACAGACCACAGCUGCCUUAAUCCUCCUCUCACAAUGAGACCCCCAGACGUUUAACUUGUUCAGUGACAGUGAGGAUUCUCUGGCCACACUCGGCUCGUGUUGUUAACUUUUCAAACACUCCUGCUGUAUUCAGCUCUUUCUCCAUCAACUUAUUCAGUAAAGAUUCCUAAAGACCCUCGUUAUAAAAUCUUAUCAUACAAAUAAGUAAACUGCUGAUACUGAA